CAUUUGCAAUUAAAACAUGAGAAAAAAAUUUCUUCACAUCUCUUUCGAAUAGUGAAGUCAAUACCUGUUGUCCUAGCAACCCUGCACCACUAUGGAUAUCAACAAUCCCCUGCAGUACUCGAGUACCAAUUUCAUUUCCAUUGGGAAACUAAAAUUCUGGUCGAAAUCAAUUAACAAAAAUCACGAUUAUUAUUGAUUAAUCAUUGCUAAAUUUUCCACUAAAUAAAUAAAGAAAGAACAAUUUUGAUAUAUUUAAGUAUCAAGAGAAAUAACUAGAAAUGCCUUUAGUGGACAGUGUUUAUUGUUCGAGGCCCAUCAAUGUCCCACCGCACCUGCCACUGAUUUUAAAACAAUUCUGUAAGGCUGCUAUCAGAACACAACCUUAUGAUCUUCUAAAAUGGUCAAGUGCUUAUUUUCGAGCACUCGCUGAGGGAAUUGAACCCCCAACGAAAAUCAGAUUAGAGUAUCCACUACCAGGAACGAUAUCUGGACUUACUUUAGGAUUUUUAAAGGUUCUCUUACGUCAAUUUGGGGAUUAUAAUAAACUAUUACCGGUGGAAGUGAUUCUACGUCGGUGGGACGAUUUAUGUCUCGAUCGUAGAGACUUAAAUCUCAUAAUGAUUAUUGGAAGAUUUCGACACAAAUGUCAAAUAAAAAAAUUUCUUGCCAUUGCGGUAGGUCUUUUGGGCACCACUUUAUUUGAUACCAUGCUCAUGAUUUGUGAAUUAUUCACGUUGGAACCUGAUGGCGGUUCUGCAAUGAUUCCCAUCAGUUUAUUCAUGGAGCUUUAUGGAUAUUUGGCCGGCUUGAGGUGUGAUGGAGGCAAGCGAGAUGCAGCGGGGGAGGCUCCAAGUGAAUUUCUCAUCCCCGAUCAUCCAGAAGCUACGGGUCUCCCACCAUCUGAUGAUUCCCAGGAGAAUCUCCAGCCAAAAGCCAUUUCUCCAACGAGCCAGGACACAGACGUAGACGUCGAAUUGGAGUGCGAUAAUUCCACGGAAAAUACUGUGAAUGAAUCCUCGAACGAUCUGGGCCUAUCGAAAGGCUUUCAGUCAGAAGUAAUCGACGAUAAUGAAUUACAAUCAGAUAAUCCAAUUCAAGAUGCGGGAAUUUCUGUACAUCCGAGCUAUAAUGAGGUGAGCGAGUUCCAAAGUGAAGGAGAGAAAUUCAUUUUUAAUGAAUAUCAGCAGGAGUUAGAGGGACAUCACUUUCAUAAAAAAGGAUUCAGCAUGCCAGUAGAAUUGUCUUCUCAUUAUCCAAAUAUUGCAGGAAUCGGCCCACGAUUGACUUCGGAACAAGUCGCGACAGUCGCAGUUUGGCUGACAGAAUGUGCUCGCUUCCAAGGAGGAAUGAUAGGCCCUCGCAAUCUUCGUCAUUUCCAGUGUCCACCUCUGGAUGAUCAGAAAGCACUACCGUAGCAAAAAAAUUAAGUGUAAAAACCUUGCACUGAUCACCAGGUGCCUUAGGCUUCCUCACAUGAUUUUCACUGUUAAUAUAUCGUCGACUUCGUUUACGGCAACAAAUAUAUUAGUAUUAUAAAAAUAAAUGUAUAGUAGAGUUAUGGCAAUGUUGUUAUGUUGAUAGAAUGAAGAUUAAUCAUGUUUCAAUAAU